AGAUAUAGUUUACAUUUCAUGCGAUUCAGUCUUUAAAAGUGUCCAAUUCAGCAGUUUUCAUGUACCCAUCACCACCCUCUAGUUCCGGAACGUUCUCAUCACCCCAAAAUGAGCCCUGUGUCCAUUAGCUCUCCAGCUCCUCGUAGCCCCUAUCCACUCUGUCUUGUGUUCACUUUUGUGACAGCUUUAUCGAGGUAGGAGUCACGUGCCAUACUGUUCACUCACGUAAAGCAUACAAUUCACAGGUAGCUGCAGCCGCCACCACGGUCAAAGUUAGAACCUUUUCCUCCCCCCCAGAAGAGCCCUAGACCUUUAACUAUCUCUGCCCUUACCCCUGCUCCCCAGCCCCUAAUCUACUGUUCUGUGUUUCUGUUUCCCUGUUCUCAUGCAUUUUUUAAAGCAGAACAGCGGCAGCUGGGGUGACUAGAGGCCAAGAAGUGCUGGCGAGUGCUUGUCAGGGUCCUGGCCCUGUUUGUGGCCAUAGUUGGAGCCAGAGUCGGGACUCAGGGUCUUUUCCGCUGCUCCAGGCACGUGGACUCCGUUCACGUCAGCCAGCACAGAGCAUGACGGAAAAAUGGAUCUUCCAGAAGGGUCCACGGGGGUCUCAGAACCCAAGGUGGUGGGGCUGGCCCUGACCCAGCCCGAGCGGGAAGAAGUUCCGGAGCAAGCCCCAGCUGGCGCGCUACCUGGGCGGCUCCAUGGACCUGAGCACCUUCGACUUCCGCACGGGCAAGAUGCUGAUGGGCAAGAUGAACAAGAGCCGGCAGCGGGUACGCUACGACUCCCCGAGCCAGGUCAAGGGCAAGCCCGACCUGAACACGGCCCUCCCGGUCAGGCAGACGGCGUCCAUCUUCAAGCAGCCAGUGACCAAGAUCACCAACCACCCCAGCAACAAGGUGAAGAGCGACCCCCAGAAGGCCGUGGAGCAGCCCCGGCAGCUCUUCUGGGAGAAGAAGCUGAGCGGCCUGAAUGCCUUUGACAUCGCGGAGGAGCUCGUGAAGACCAUGGACCUCCCCAAGGGCUUGCAAGGCGUGGGUCCCGGCUGCACAGAUGAGACGCUGCUCUCGGCCAUCGCCAGCGCCCUACACACCAGCACCAUGCCCAUCACCGGGCAGCUCUCAGCCGCCGUGGAGAAGAACCCCGGAGUGUGGCUCAACACAGCCCAGCCGCUCUGCAAGGCCUUCAUGGUGACCGACGAGGACAUCAGGAGGCAGGAGGAACUGGUACAGCAGGUCCGCAAGCGGCUGGAGGAGGCGCUGAUGGCCGACAUGCUGGCCCACGUGGAGGAGCUGGCCCGCGACGGCGAGGCGCCGCUGGACAGGGUGGGCGCCGACGAGGAUGAGGACGAUGAGGACCAGGAGGAGGGGCCCGACCAGGACCAGGAGAUGGAGCACGUCUAGAGCAGGCACUGGCCGGGUCCCAGGCCCCAGCUCGCGCGGGUAGUGACCACGGGUGAGGGGUGGUCCGGGUCCCUGGGACCUGCCUUGUGCCAGUGGCAGCAGUGCUGGGCCGGGCGCCUCCCGAGAGCACCUGUCUUCAAGGAGGACGGCCUGCCAGGCACGGAUGGCGCCCUCUCUGUCCCUGCACGGGCCCCACCCGCCUGCCCUCCCGCACGGGGCCGCCUGCAGACUCGGCCCUCACCCUGCCCAGGCGUGUCCCCUCCCCUGGGCCACGGGGACAUGGCUGAAGCACGGCCUCUCGCCCGACAGACCCCCGAUGUCUGCUCCUCCUCGGGGUCAUGGCUCUACACUGAACUUGGGCCGGCCUGGUCCCCGUGGCUGCUGCCCUGGACCUCUUGCACAGGACAGCUGCCACUGGACUGCCUGCGAGGCUCCCCGCGGGGCUGGAGAAACAUUUGCAGAACAGUCUCCCCUCCCUACCUGCACACGUGAGGGACGGUAUCCCGGACCGCCCUUCAGCCCUUCCAGAAGGGGAUGCAGGAUGGCUCCCCGGGGCCCACCCGGCGGGCACAGUGCUCCCAAGAGCAAAUGGCACAACCCGGACAUUUUCCUUCAGUAAAACCCAUGGUAGAGGCGAGGCCGAUGUCCACGUAGCUGCUUAACCUUCUGUCUGUUGCAUACAGACGGGAACUCAGGCCUCAGCGCCUGAAGACCUCGCUGGCUGCAGCCCGGCCCAGCCUGAUGGUGGGCACCGCAGACAGAGAACUACCUGCUCACGGCCGGGCUCGGGCCAGGCUCCAGGCCAGCACCGCCAUCGGCUGACCUCCAGGCCUCGGUCUCGCCUCACAGAACAGGGACAGUGGCGCUGAUCCGGCAGGUGUGGGGCCUCCCACCACCUGGGGCCUCUGCAUCCCUGUCCCAGGCACGUUUCCUGGCCGGGUCUGGGCCGUGGCCUCCGUGGAGCAUGGGGUUUGGAGGUGGUCAGAGUCGUGCUGUCCCUCCUUGCAGCGAGUGCCCCGGGCCAGGGGAGCUUCUACCCUGAGUGGACCCCGGGCCGGCUCCUUUUCCUCAGCCCCAGGAAUGCCUUUGGGGUGGCCCCCAGCCCAUCGCAUCAGCCUGGAGACACGAACCCCGGGCCGGUGUGGCGCCAGGGACUGCCAGCCCUGUCCUAGCCCCGCCACACGUGCGGCCGUGACUUGUUGGGAGGGGCCCGGGUUGCUGCCUCGUCGGGCCAGACACCCUGGGCUGACGUGGCCUGCCCAGCAGGGCGACAAGAGGCGGUGGGAGCCCCUCGGGGCUGGACUCGCUGCCUGCUCCCUCCAAGGACUCUGGCCCAGGAGGUCAGGCUGACUGCAUCCUUCCUAGUCCAGUCAAAGCACAAAGCCUUGAGGACCCUGGAUGCUGCACUGCGGAGGCUGCAGUGACACUGCCUGGGGCCAGGCCAUCACGGGCCCCAGGAAGGCCCCUCCACAGAGGCUGUGGCCCCGAGGGAGGCUCCUGUGGGUGGUGUUGAAUAAAGCGUGUCGGGUGAGCGUGGUCUGGGGCCUUGGUUUAU